CAUUCCCAUCCCCGCCGCCUUCCGCCACCGCCCCGGGAAGCGAAAGCGAAAGGCCGGGCCGGGAUCUGCCGGGGCUCCCGGCGGCGAUCGCUCCGGUAAAGGGUUGAACCAAGGAUCAUUUCAUCCUGCAAGAAUCCGUUUGCAAGGUUUGCAUAGACUCRUCCCUAAGGGGAAACAUGUCUGAGGUUGACUAUGAGACAUUAGCUGAUAUAGAACUGCAGAAAGAUGAAGCKGAUGAUACACACUCAGCACAGGAUGAAACAUUUCUGCCUCCACCACUUGAGGAUCCWCAGCUAAAUAUCAAUCACCCCUACUACGAUGUUGCAAGACAUGGCAUCAUCCAGCUGGCAGGUGAUGACAGUUCUGGAAGGAAGGUGAUUACCUUCAGUUGCUGCCGCAUGCCCCCAUCCCAUCAGCUCAAUCACACAAGGUUGCUUGAGUACUUAAAGUAUACACUGGACCAGUAUGUAGAGAAUGAYUAUACAGUUGUCUACUUUCACUAUGGCCUGAAGAGUCUGAAUAAACCAUCUCUGAAAUGGUUACAAACAGCCUACAAGGAAUUUGACCGCAAGUAUAAGAAAAACCUUAAAGCACUCUAYGUUGUCCAUCCAACCAACUUCAUAAAAAUUCUGUGGAAUAUCUUUAAACCUCUUAUAAGCCACAAGUUUGGGAAAAAGAUCACCUACUUGAACUAUUUAAGUGACCUGGGAGAACACCUCAAAUAUGACCAGUUAAAUAUCCCUCAAGAAGUCAUCUGCCAUGAUGAAAAUCUUCGGAGGAAACAGAAGGGAAAACUUCCACCUGUGGUUAAGGUUCCUCCACCACGGCCACCUCUGCCUACCCAGCAAUUUGGAGUCAGCCUGCAAUAUAUCAAGGACAAAAACAAAGGCGAGCUACUCCCCCCAGUAAUGAAGGAAACUGUAUCCUAUCUAAAAAAUAAAGGACUAAAAGUAGAGGGUCUCUUCAGGAGGUCAGCCAGCAUCCAGAUUAUCAAAGAUGUGCAGAAACUCUACAAUCAGGGCAAGUCUGUGAAUUUUGAUGAUUAUAAUGAUAUCCAUGUUSCUGCUGUUAUCCUGAAGACUUUCCUUAGGGAACUCCCUCAGCCAUUACUGACAUUUGACUSUUAUGAUCAUAUCCUUGGGAUCACCAGUGUUGAGAGCUGCUUACGAGUCACCAGAUGCAAAGAAAUCAUUCAAGGACUUCCUGAGCACAAUUACRUUGUUCUGAAAUAUCUGAUAUGCUUUCUCCAUAUGGUUUCACAGGAGAGCAUCUAUAACAGAAUGACAGCAUCCAGCCUGGCCUGUGUGUUUGGAGUGAAUUUGAUCUGGCCAUCCAAAGGAACCACCUCCCUUAAUGCUCUGGUGCCUGUGAAUCUCUUCACUGAACUGCUGAUAGAUUUCUACACAAAUAUMUUCAACUCCAGAACUGUGCCUGGUGAGAUCUUACCUUGAUGCUCUUGGAAAGGAAAAUGGAAUAAGGGAAAGGUCUCUCAGGUGGGACCUUCAUAAUUAGAGCUCUCCUGGGAAAAAAUAUUUUCAACACGAAGUUUCUAUAUCUUUCCAAAUACCAAAGAUGUUGGGAGAGGACUGGUGCCCCRUGAAUUCCCAUCACAUGGGCAAAACAUGAACAUGAACAUUUCAAGACCAACAGGUCAAAGUGAAUGCUCUGACUAAACUUGAGCAGCUGACAAAAACGGGGAUGUUAGAAAAACCCUUAACACUACAUGCCAGAUUCUUUGGGGAUCUGGACACUUCUUAUGUGGCAUUAUUUUCUGCAUGGGCAGAGUUAAUUUCUGGACCUCUCCUGAAUGUACAUAUUUCUUUUUUUCUUUCUUUUCUUUUCUACUUUUUAUUUGAAUACAAGUUUAUUAGCAAUUACCUUGUUAAGUUAAUAAAGGUGGAAUCAGUUUUUAAGAUAUGAAUGUUUUUAAACUAKUUUUCCAUAUACUUAAGCAUCUUCUUUUACACAAAAAGGUGUGGGCAGUUGUGGCACAUCAGGUUGACAAGUACCAUGAAGAAUAAAAUGUUUCCUGUGUAAUUUGAAUUUUGCAGAUGGCUAACUGUUUGUGCAGCCCAAUAUAUAUGGAGUUAAUCAUUGUAGCUGCACAUGCAAAGUGUGUAGAAGUUUUUUCUUGUAARUUCAAACAAGGAGCAACAAUCCUCUAAAUUCUUGGAGUUUUCCUCUAAAGUCUUGGAAUAUGAAUCAGUGGAAUUAUAUUGAUGGGUGCAUAAUAGAGAAUAUAGGCUGAGUCCCCCCAGUGUUUGGGCUGCACUUCUUUUGCAAAUUGAAUUGAUGGAAAUUUCAAAUUAGUUUCUUUAGAAAGCAGCAAGAACAACAACUUGGAUUAUAUACCUAAUGUCAUUUAUGUGCAUUGAAAGUCUGUUGUUAGUCCCAACGAAAAUAAUUAGCCAAUAUAAAGGGAGAAUUUUCAGUAUUUUCUUUCYAACUAUGCCAUUAAUAUUGCUUUAUCUGAUGAACUCUAACACUCUGCUAUUUCAUUGUUUGACAAUUGGUAAUGGCAUGUUUUAAACAAGUUAUCAUCUUAGUUGCCUGUAGAAAAGAAAAUGAACCAGUGUUAAAAAAUGUAAGUGUUGUUUUCCCUAAUGCUCUGUUCUUCCUGCUUCUGUACAGGAUUCAUGAAAUGGAGUGACUAUUUAGAUUUCAGUGAAAGUAAUAGUCUCAAAGAGAACUUUCUCUGCAAACACAGCCACUUUUUAUCCCACGGGUUUGAGUGAGUUGAGGGUUUGUGCUUCUGUYCUCCCUCUUGGCAGCUGGGAAUUGUCAGCCUGUGUAAAGAGUGGGACAAAAUCUUAUCUCAGAGGGUGAAGAGGAUUUGUUCUUGCCUUUGGAAAUAACCAGGUAUUCAGGAGGAAUCUGGAUGUGCCAGGCCUUCAUUUGCCCAGUAGGUGUCAUCUGCAGCAUUGUCAGUGAUUAAAAUUGGAAAAACAGAGGCUUUAGAGCAAGAUAUGUUAGGACCAACUUCUGAUGGUACAGCUGAGUGUUUUCUCCAGUUUCUCAAGUGUCUUAAGGACAACGUGUAAUUUUUGAAUAUCUGUAAGUAAUAACCACCUAUGGCUUCCAUUUACAUAUAAAAUCUGUCAUAAUAAAAAGAGAAUAAUUAACAAGUAUUCAGUAUUGUUGCAGUUCAGCAAAAUGAGAUGCCAAGGAUGAAACUAUCAUAGUUUUGUAUUGCAGCUCAUCAGCUUUAUAUCUGAGUAAGAGCCUCAACUAACCUUGUUGUAUUAAAAACCAAACUGCUGAGCARCUUGGUUCUGUGCUUCAGCACCGUGUUGACAGGGGAGGAAUUUGGCCUCUGGGAAUUUACAAAACCACAGUAUUUUGCCACCUUCUGACCUUGGUCAAAAUCCAUAUGCAUUAAUUUUGCUGCCUGUAAAAAAAAAUAAAGGAGCCCCUGACAUUGGAAAAGUGCCUUAGGAUUAAAUACUGGUAAGUUUUAUAAAAUGGUUGUUUCCCGUUUCCCCAUGUCCUCUUUUAAAAAUCCAGCAACAUCAAAUGGCAUUUGGUCUGCAGGCUGUUGCAUAAUGGGAAUGGGAGUCUUGGACAGCUUUAGCACAGUGGUUUGAAAUCCUGAGUUGACAGAAGUCAGCUUUGCUCAAAAAGUCCCCAGAGGUAGGGAAUGGGCUCCCAUGGGAUUUAGUUCUCAUCCUAAACUGGGAGACAACAGGAAUUUGCCAGCUGCAGUCGACAGAACACAAUUGUCUCUGACCCCUUCACUUUUACAAAGAAAAAGUACA